AAAAACUAUAACCUCAUCCUCACUCCAAAACUCUAAACUAUUCACUUUUAAAAGUUCAAGAAUUUUUGUGUACGCUCUGUAAACUGAAUCUAAUCAUAGCAAGAACUUCAUUUAUCUGAUCAAUCGGCAAUGGAGGGUGGAUCAUCUUCUGAACAAAAAUCAAACCAGAAAGGUAAAUCCAUCGUGACUGAAAGCACUGAAAGUGCAGAAAUCAAAAAUGAUGACUAUUGGCCACUUUCUGAAAAACCCUAUGUUGAUAUGAUUCUCACUAAGAGCAGUGUCAAGCCCAUCUACCAAUUGUAUUUACCCAAGAAGAUGAACAAAGAGCUACCUUUUGCUGGAGCCCUUGUAGUCCUUACUUGUGGUCGAAAGAAGUGGGAUCUAUUUUAUGGUGGAGCCAAAUCUACUUACAAAUUUAGUAGUGGAUGGAGAAAAUUUGCGGAUGAUAACAAUCUAAAGGAGGGAGAUGGACUUGUGUUUGAACUGUCAGAGUGCAGCACUACCAAAAUUGAAUUAAGAGUUCAGAUUCUCAGAGGUGAUCUCCCAGCUGAAUUGAUUCCUGAAGAUGUGGAGGGUAAAAACAGUGACAACCCAAUAAUAAUUGAUUAAAAACAUUAUCAAUUCUAGUAGUAAUUUCAAUUUGCAAAAAAAAAACUUCAUAAAUUCUAGUACUUUCGAUUUCCAGAAAAAAAAAACUUUAUCAAUU